GGAUAUUCACGUAUCCCGGAGAAGCUGGUGACGAAGAUCAGAACUGGCCAGUUUGUUGAUCUGGCUGACUUGUUGGUGGAAAAUCUUAAGGCUUAGGAGUCACAACCCCACAUUUAUUUAGAUGGCAAAUUUCUGGUCUCAUCUUUCUAAGAAGAGGGUCCAGGAGAUUUUUUUGACACUUUAUUGGCAAGAAUGCAAUCAUGAUAGAAUUUACAAGAAGACAUAUCAUUAAAGAAUAAAAGUAAUUAAUUAUAGUUACAAGAACAAUUAAAAAACGAUUGCUGAUCCCCAUAAGAGCAAGUGCAAACAAGACCCUAAACCCAUGCAAGGCACCGCCUUGUUGUUACUUACAAUUACAAUUUCAGUUUUAAUGCUGUUAAAUAGCUCAUUUACCCUUGAAAAAAAAAAUUCAAACCCUAGAUGUACGUUAACAACAAAAGUAAAUAACAAAGUACAAGAAAGUGGACGUGGUAGGCACAGUCACUUCGACCUGUGACAUCACUAGUAGUCAUCACUAAUAUCCACGUACAAGAUCUUUCCACCUCAUAAGUAUUAACCAGAGUAGUAGUGAACAUAGUUUUAUAAACAAACUGCUUAAAAGAUUGCAUAUUAGAGAAACUACUACGGGACUUAAGUGAACAAACAAAAUUCCGUAACUUAGUAAUACGAUUAAAAUAGGAAGCCUUAAAAGUACUGGUCCUGCAAAGACGAGUUUUAAGAUUGAAAGGAUUAUAGACAUAACAUAACAUAACAUAAAACUUUAUUUAAACUCGAAUUUCAGAGUAGCUAACAAGCUAAUAUCUUCGAGCUGACACUACAUAAAAACUAUAUAGAAAAUAUAUAUAUACAUUAAAUGCAAGGAAAGAAAAUAUCAUUUACAAUUCACAAUUUUAAGUUUAAGUAUGUCAGGCAAAAAGAAUCUACAUGAAGGUAACAUCCUGUAUUUUAGUCUUAAAGUCUGCAAAAAAACUGGUACGAAAAAAGUCCGGCAGUGCAUUCCACUGCUUAGCUGAAAAGUAAGAAAAGGAAUUAAGACCAUAGGUAGUUGUUUUAGGUUUACUUAGUGAAAGAAUGUAGUUGCCACGAAGAUCAUAGGAAGAGGACCCGAGUGAAAACAUAUUCUUCAUAUAAGUAGGAAAAUGAGUGAAAAACAAACUCAUAUAACAGAAUGAGGAAAUUUUGAAUGCGUUUGUUAAACAAAGAAGUAGAGCUGACUUUUGAGAGAAGAGUGUUGUAUGGAGACGAGUAAUCUUCAAGUAUAAAUCUAAGUAUUAUUUUAUUUAAAGCUUCGAGCUUAUCCGCAUCGCGCUCCACAAAAGUGCCAGACAGAGGAGCAAUAAUAAAAGUGAGGUAAAAUAUACGCUUUGUAAAGUUUGAAUAAGAUUUCCUUGCGUAUGAGUUUUCUAAAGCGCAACAUAACAUUAUAUAAAUUGAUUAUUAAUCUUUUUGCAUACAUUUGAUAUAUGUUUAGAAAAAUUCAGAUUAUUAUCUAUUUCCAUUCCAAAAAUCUCUAACGUGUCCUUUACUGGGAAGGAAAAACCAUACUCCGUAUCACCGAGGAUUAGACACUGGUGCUUGCUCUCAUUAACUAACAUCCCAUUUUCAUGGUACCACUGAUCAUUAGGGACCGUUCAUUUUUUAUGGGGUAGGGGGGGCUGGUGGGAUUUGGAGGAGUGUAAUUUGAAAAUUGUAUGAGCCCCCCGCAUUUCCGAUUUUUUUCGCAUGCCCCCCCUCAUCAGAGUAAUUUUUGGAAGCCCCCCAUGAAUAAAAUACAUAAAGUAUUAAAAAAGUUACUGCAUUAAAAUUUCGUUUUGUUACAUUUCACGUAAUUUAGUGAAAGAAAGCUGAAAGCUAGAAAGCUGUUUUUAACAAAUCCUCACUCAAAAGAAUGAAAAGUCAAUUUCAGCUCUUCUUGUUACUGCUCGUCCUGAGCGUGUUGUAGCUGGCCGCUCGUCUACAUAUUCCUCGUCUGAGGCGAUAAAAGCAAGAACGACAUCAUUUGAGUCGUCUUCAGAGUCAGGAGAAUCACUCUUGUAAUCAUCAUCAGUUUCUUCUCCCUCACUGCUUUCACCACUGCUGUCUAGUUGACCUGAUUCAUUGCUGCCUCUCACUUCGGCUUGACCUGUUCUGAGAGUAUGACUUCAAUGUGCAGCACAUCGCUAGGAUUGAGGCAAAGCAGCUCAAGGUUUCAGGGGAAUUAGAAAACCUCGAAAAUAAGAAGGAGACCUUUGACCAGGUCUUCAAGGGCUUAACAGGACACUAUGUGUCAAAAAAAAGAAAAUUAAAACAAAACCGUAGGAAAUCAAAGGGCAGAAAACGCAAACGGUUUGAAAACAACGUCCUACGCGUGUAUCAUAUCUGCGUUGCAAAUCCCUUUGCAAAAGAACUUCCCAAUUGUCUUCUUUAUCCUCCCUCCAUGACAAUUCCGGAAGCCUGCAUAAACGUUGAAGAUGUAGCAGUUUUAAUUAUAUGAGCUUGACAACAACAUUUUUAUGAAUGAAAAGAAAGUUGUUGCUAUUCAAGACUGUUAUUAUGGUAUGUUCACUGUCCUUAUAAAAUAUAAAAGCUGUUGAGAAGUUUUCUUGUUACCCUGGAACUGUUUUAGCAUAUUUGUUAUAAAUAAAAGAGAAGUUUUCUUGUUACCCUGGAACUGUUUUAGCAUAUUUGUUAUAAAUAAAAGAGCACAAUUUUUCUUCCAUUUGUAAACAUCUCUUAUCCUAUUUUUAAUCUAAUUUUUUCGUCCGACCCCCCUUUCCUUCACUUUGUUUCGGCUGGCCCCCCCUUUCAAGCCAAUUUUUUUUCGAGUGCCCCCCCAAAUCCCACCAGCCCCCCCUCUCUCAUAAAAAAUGAACGGUCCCUCAGUUGGGUCGAGGCUUUUACCAUAUUCUAUUGGAUAUUUUGCAGCGCACACCCUUCAAAGUGGCCAGACCUCACCCAAUACAAGCUGCUAAUUAUCAAGACCUCAUGCCAAUUCUCUGGAAAGCCUGGCUCCACUAUGACAUGGCCUUUCGUAGGGAUGCAGCAGCAUCUGGUCCGACAGAUUAGUCUCCUCACAGAACUUAAGAAAGGUCGCGUUGCUCUUCCCUUCUCAAUGUCUCCUUUACCAAACCUUCACAUCAGUCGCUUUGGAAUAAUUCCGAAGAAAUACCAGUCCGGCAAAUGGCGGCUUAUUUUGGACUUGUCUACUCCCUAAGGUCUCAGUGUUAAUGACGGGAUUCCCAAUGACCCAUUUUUAGUUCAGUGCAUGAAGGUUGACGAUAUCAAUGAUGCAUCAUGACCCAUGGUUGGAGAACUCUUUUUGCUAAAUUUGACCUAGAAAGCGCGUAUCGUAUCAUUCCUGAACAUUCUCAUGACCGUUACCUGUUAGGCGUGAAAUGGCGGGGGGAAUACUCCAUCGAUUUGGCCAUACCCUUUGGUUUUCGUUAAAUUUAGCCAAGAGUUCCCAGACCUGCUUGAGUAGAUUCGAAAACACAAUUAUGAAGUAA